CUCUUGCCGCGUCUGACUCCGGAGGAAUAAUAACAGAGGGGAGGUUGAAGGAAAUUUGCUUGAACUCGUUAAAAGUAAUUCAGACGCGGGAUAGAUGCGAUUGCAGCGUCUCUCAUUCGUUUAACGAGAUGUCGGAUUCGAAUUCGUCGAGAACAGAUGCGAGUAGCCUAAGCCUCUCGGGGAACUUACGACAAUUUCGAUUCCAGAAGAAACAACUGAAACCACUGAACAUGUCGGACGAUGACAGUAACUUGAUGGGCUCUGAGAUACAAUUUCGGCGUAAGGCGGUCAAUGUAAUUGAAGACAGCGACAGUGACACAGGCAGUAUUGUUAAAAAACCUAGCAACUUGGAUCAUGCAGAUAAGGAAUUGUCCAGUAACAUGAGCUGGAACAGUGAUGAGGAAGAUACUAGGAAAAGUAGGAAAAGGAGUAUUAAAGGCUCUUCUAGAACCAACAAGAAAAAAAAACGAAAAUUGAACACUGAAGAAGAUGUGGACAUUGAUUCGGACGAAGCAAGUUUCAAAGACAAAGUGUUUGAUAGUGAUGAAGAUUCAGAUAUGGAAAUAUCCAAUGAGCUUACGGCUGAUAAGAAAGCAGUUUUAGAAUUUAUGCAGAAUGCCCUUACGUCAGAGUUACUGUUGAUGUCUCAGUGUUCUCAGAAAAAAGCAAAUGCUAUCAAAGAAGCAAGGCCAUUUGAAGAUUGGAGAGAUUUAGUACAAAAAUUCCAAAACAACAAAUAUCUAGAUACAGAGCUUUUGAACUCGGCUCAGGAAUUACUGGCUACUAGACACGCAGUGGAAGCUCUUAUGAAGAAAUGUCUCCGUUUGUCGACAAAUAUUGAAAAGGCUGUGGCUGCAAGAGCAUCGGCUAUUACAAGUCAACCCAAGGCACUGUCCUCAAACUUAAAGUUAGCUCCAUACCAAAUGGUUGGAUUAAAUUGGCUUGCUGUGAUGCACACGCAAAAUGUUAACGGUAUACUCGCGGAUGAAAUGGGUUUAGGGAAAACGGUUCAAAUAAUAGCUUUCCUUACAUAUUUGAAAGAGGCUGGCCUUAGAGAUGAGAAAGAUGGACCACAUUUGAUUGUCGUUCCUAGUUCGACGAUGGAAAAUUGGAACAAUGAGUUGGAAAGGUGGUCACCUGGCUUGAAAGUUGUACAAUACUAUGGCAGUCAAGAAGAACGGAAAGACAUGAGAUUUGGUUGGCGUAACGGUGAUUUAGAUGAUAUUGACGUAUUAUUAACCACCUAUAAUUUAAUUAGCAGUACACCAGAAGAACGGAGAUUGUUUCGUGUUAUGCCUAUUCAUUAUGUUGUUUUCGAUGAAGCUCAUAUGUUGAAAAAUAUGGGUACUAUCAGAUAUGAGAAUCUCGUUAGAAUUAAUGCUAAGCAUCGAAUUUUGUUAACGGGUACUCCCUUGCAAAAUAAUUUAUUGGAAUUGAUGUCACUCUUGAUAUUUGUGAUGCCUUCACUGUUUGCUGGCAAACAAGCAGAUUUAAAGAGUUUAUUUUCAAAGAAUUCUAAGACACCAUCAGUGAAGAAAAAUGGUGAACAGCCAUUGUUUGAACAAGAACAAGUGAAAAAUGCAAAGCAAAUUAUGAGACCAUUUGUGUUACGUCGGCUGAAAACUGAAGUCCUUCGGGAUUUACCAGAAAAAAACGAACGUGUGAUUAAGUGUCCAAUGAUAGAAAAGCAGCAGAUGAUGUAUACUAAUCUAGUUGCCGAAUUUUCAGCCGAGGCUGAUCAAAGCACUGAAGUUAAUGGUAUUGGAAUGAUGAUGCAGUUGAGAAAAUUGGCCAAUCAUCCUCUUUUAGUACGGGACUAUUACAACAAGUCCAAGUUAAAAAUAAUAUCGAGCAGACUGGCAAAGGAACAUUCGUACAAGCAAAAAAAUCCAGAUUAUGUGUUCGAGGAUUUACAAUGGAUGUCAGAUUAUCAGAUAAAUCAGUUGACAAGAACGUAUAAGAGCUUAGCUGGACUGGGCUUACCUCAGGAACUCAUUGCAGAAGCUGGAAAGUUAAAGAUAUUGGACGAAUUGUUACCAAAGCUGAAGGAAGAUGGGCACCGAGUAUUAAUUUUCAGUCAAUUCACCAUGAUACUAGACAUUUUAGAAGAAUAUUUAACAAUUAGAGGACGAACGUACUUAAGAUUAGAUGGAAGUACUCCAGUGACAGACAGACAAUUUUUGAUAAAUCAGUAUAUGGAGGAUGAAAGCAUAUUCAUAUUUUUAUUAUCUACAAAAGCUGGAGGCUUGGGGAUCAAUUUAACUGCUGCCGAUACUGUUAUAAUUCACGAUAUUGAUUUUAAUCCAUAUAAUGAUAAGCAAGCGGAAGAUCGUUGUCACAGAGUUGGUCAGAAAAGAUCAGUUAGCAUAAUUAGAUUAUUAAGCGGAGAUACUAUAGAAGAAGGCAUGUACGAAAUAGCUCAAGACAAAUUACAUCUUGAACAACAGAUUACUGGUGAAGAAGAGAAUGAAAGCACAGACAAGAAGAGUGUAUUAAAAUUACUUAAGAUGACUUUAGGACUAGACCACAAUAAAUCGUUAUCGUUAUCUCCGGUGAAGAAUGCGAAAACAAGUAACGGGUUAUUGAACAGCGAAUUGAAUCAAUUGCAAAUUACAACAUAGAAUUUUAAAGAUAAUUCUUAAUCUAAACAUAUUUUGUACUAGAAAAUUUAAUAUCAUUUUUAUAUACGUCUUAAACUUUUGUGAUAAAGUACAAUGUUGUAAUUGCGCACAGAAUAGAAAGAAAAGAAAGAAAGAUAAAAGAAAAAAAAAAAGAAAAUUGAAGAUCUUGCAGUUAUGUCUUGCAUGUUAUUUUUUACUUCAAUUUAAUUAUUGCCUACGUAAUACUUAAACUUGUGAUUUUGAAUGAUGGUAUUUGUAAACUGUGAAAUUUAAUUUAUAUUUCGCUUAUACAUGGCAUCAUUUUUUUAUUUAUACAAAUAUACGUAGUUUAUUUCGUACGUUAUAAUAUUUAAUGAUAUAUUUUUUGCAUAAAUUAUAAGGGAAUUAUUAAGACUGCACAAUAUUUACCAAUAAUACAAGAAGUGACAGAAGAAUUGCUGAAAGAAAACGAAUAAGAAAUUGAUUAUAAAAAAAUUAUAGGACAUAAUAUCAGACUGGUAUUACUGUACACACAUUCCUGACCGAAGAACUUGAUCUUUGUACAAAAUCAUUAAAAAUAUUAUACACCUUU